GGGGCCUGUGACUUUCCCUCCCCCAGGCGGAGGGAGACGCCAUUGCAGGGUUGUUUGUGCCGCCGCCGCGGGCUGGGGAGGGAGACCGCCGCGCUGUGAGCGGUGCUGAGGCUCCUGGGGACAGGGACUCUUUUCCCAGAGAGGAUCAUGUCCACUCCGGCCAGGCGGAGGCUCAUGAGGGACUUCAAGAGAUUGCAAGAAGACCCUCCUGUGGGUGUCAGUGGUGCACCAUCUGAGAAUAACAUUAUGCAAUGGAAUGCAGUUAUAUUUGGGCCAGAAGGUACCCCUUUUGAGGAUGGUACUUUUAAACUAAUAAUAGAAUUUUCAGAAGAAUAUCCAAAUAAGCCUCCCACUGUUAGGUUUUUAUCAAAAAUGUUUCAUCCAAAUGUUUAUGCGGAUGGUAGCAUAUGUUUAGACAUCCUUCAGAAUCGCUGGAGUCCAACAUAUGAUGUUUCAUCUAUUUUAACUUCAAUUCAGUCUCUGCUUGAUGAACCUAAUCCAAACAGUCCUGCAAACAGUCAGGCAGCACAACUUUAUCAGGAAAACAAACGUGAAUAUGAGAAAAGAGUUUCAGCUAUUGUUGAGCAAAGCUGGAACGAUUCAUAAUAGAUGACUACUUUGUUAAUCUUCCUCCUCAUGAUCAUUGGGUACAAUUUAACACUCAGUAGAAAGGCUACCAGAAAUUUUAAGUGCCAGAAGUUCUAAGGAUUUGCAUACCAACAUGUUUGCAAAAAAAAUUAAGCCCUUCAGUUUAGAAACUUUAAAAGCUUGUGUAUCUUGAUUAAUGUACUUUUUAUUGCAUGGUAUGAACUAAGUUAUUGCUACAUAAAUUUGUAAUAUAUCCUGUUUGUAUUUUUUUCCCAAGUGUAUAAUGUUGAUGUGGAGUUUUCAUGAAAGAAUAUACACAUUUUGUAAAUCUGUACUUUUUCAAAUAUUGAAUGCCUUAUUUUUGAAUUCUUUAGAUUUUUAAAUUGGAGAAAAGCACUUAAAGUUUUUAUAUAUAAAUAUUACAUGUAAAACUGUUAAAUACAUAACCUCAGUGCAAGACA